CGAACAUUGGUCUCGUUCAAAAACUCACACCUGUUUUACACACAGGUAUAUUCAUUCAUACAGCUAACUUGGGAUUCGAUAAUGAUGAAAAACACGAGUGCGUUGUUCGUGUGGUUGGUAUGGGGAGUGGGAAGGAGUCUCGCGGCGGAAAUUCCUGCGGAUACGGACGCGGAUUCGAAUUCCAGUAAACUCAUGAUCCACGUCCCUCACCGGCUUUACCAGGAAGGAGGAUACCGGCACCGGGAGGCGCUCUUUGGAAUUUCUCCCUACGGGGGAUCGAUUGUCCAGAAUGUCUACUACACAAACUCGGACCUUUGCGAAAUCGACGACAUGAGUGGAGGCUUUCCCGCACGAGAAAAGGAAGGUACUCGUAUGAAACCUUACCCGUCGCCCUUUUUGCUCAUGAUGGAUCGCGGACACUGCACCUUUGUGCAAAAGGUCCGCAACGCGCAACACAUGGGUGCUUCGGGCGUCUUGAUUGCCGACAACACCUGCAUCUGUUCCGACACAACCUGCACCGCCGCCAACCCCACCGCACCCUGUGAAAUGACCGAACCCAUCAUGGCGGACGACGGAUCCGGCGCCGACAUUUCCAUACCCAGCUUUUUGCUCUACAAAACCGACGCGGACAAAAUCAUUGCCGAAGUCAAGGAAAAUAGGCCCGUCCAAGCCGAAAUGGCCUGGUCUCUUCCCUCACCCGAUGAUCGCGUCGAGUACGACUUGUGGACGUCCCCUUCCGACGGAAUCUCCGCCGAAUUUAUUCGAGACUGGAAGGACGUCGCCAUCGCCCUUGGUGACAAGGCAUACUUUACCCCACACAUGUACCUUCACGACGGCGAAAAGUCCGGAUGCCACGCCCCCAACGGAGAUAAUUACUGCUUCACGCUCUGUACCAACGCGGGAAGAUAUUGCGCCACCGAUCCGGACGAUGAUUUGACCAAGGGCAUUUCCGGAGGUGACGUAGUACGGGAAAGUCUCCGUCGUAUCUGCAUCUGGAGUCAUUACGGUGCGGCCAACGGCAUCGGCCGAGAGUGGUGGGACUACGUCAACGAAUUCAACCAGCGAUGCAGCGCGGCCGACUACUUCGCCGACGAUGCCUGCAUCAAGGACGCCUACAAACACUCCAAAGUGAACGGCGACACCGUGGAAGAGUGCAUGAGCAAUAGCGGUGGUACCAAACAGGACGUGGUCAACACCAAACUCAAGACAGAAAUAGAUUUGCAAUAUCAGCAGGGUGUAGUCGUCAUCCCCACAGCCUACGUCAAUACGGCCGUCAUUCGCGGCGCGAUGCAGCCCUCCACCGUCUUUACCGCCAUUUGCGCCGGGUACUUGGCGGGCACGGCCCCGGCCAAGUGUACCCAGUGCAGUGCCUGUCCCGAUCCCGUCGGCUGCAUCCGCACCGGCAAGUGUACCUCGGAAUCUCCCGCUUACGCAUCCACGGACUCGGGAGUCUCAACCCACACCUUUGCCACCUCCAUGCUUUUUGUCGUGGCACUCUUUAGCGGGCUCGGCGUAUGGCAAUAUAAACGCAGUCGCGAGGAAAUGCGGGACCAAGUCCGCGGAAUUCUCGCCGAAUACAUGCCUUUGGAAGAUCAGGAUCAGAUGAACGGCAAGGGUGACGACAAUGGUAGUAGUGGCAUGAUGAGUAAUCCCAUGGGCUUUGCACAGGGCGGUUCUGGCAUGUCGCUCAUUUCGUAGAAAGGAAUGCAUCUCGUACCCAAACAUCGCCUGCGAUACGAACCACGAUCCCUUUUUUACACACUUCACUGCAUAAAUGUUUUAUUUUACGAUAUCACUGUGACUCGCUCACGUAGGAAGACGGGUAUGCAAGAAAUUGAAGGAUUCAGCUGUGUGUAGCAUCGGGUUCAUAGCCUUGUGCCGACGCUCGUUUUCUUGUUUUGUAAGAAGCACAUUAUUUACA